AUGAAGCAAUUCUUCAUACUUUCGCUGGCGCUGGUCCCUUCGUGUUCCGUCGCAGCGCCGGCGAGUUACAAAGCACAAAUCCUUCGCACUUUGCCACAUGAGGGGGCUCCCUUUACCCAAGGGCUAGAGCUAGCUGGUCAGAGCAAGCUGAUUGAAACGAGCGGGGCAUACCCAGCAGGAACUGAGUCCUUUAUUCGCCUGAUCGACCUGAAGGACGGCUCAGUGCUGCAGACAACUAAGUCUGGAUUAUCAGGUCGCUUCGCAGAAGAUGUAGCACCUACUGCCGAUGGAUGGCUCGUUGCGACAUACCAUGGUCACAAGGCGGUUCGCUUCAACGCAGACCUUUCCGUCGAUAGAGAGCUGGACUACCCCAUAGAGGAGGGUUGGGGACUCUGCCUUGACAAGACGAAAGGCCGAUACUUCGCAACCAACGGUACGGAGUUUUUGAUGGAAAUGGACUCUCAGACUCUUGCGCUGAAUCGGGUGGCCCCUGUGAUGUGCAUGGGUUAUAAGGUCCCAGGCUUGAAUGAGCUUGAGUUUGUCGCUGAUUUCGAUGGCAAGGGGCCUAUGGUCUUUGGAAACCUUUACAGGACCCGGUUCAUCCUCGGCAUCGACCCCUCAACGUUCGAAUGCACGUCCUUUUUCGAUUUGGAAGGCUUCGGAGAGCAAGACCCCGAAGAGCAGUUUGGGUUUCAUGUGGCUAACGGUAUUGCCUACUUGCCGGCUUCCAAGACUUUUCUUGUCACUGGCAAGAACUGGCAACACAUGUUUGAGGUUUCUGUUGAAGCAGCCGAUACUGGCAGCAGGGACAAGCUUCAGAGGAAGCUGCGGCAAUUUGCGCACCUGGAGACGGCUUCCUUACUGUCCACAGGAAUGCGCUCGCAGGUGCCACUGCCGCCAGCAGCCGCCCAACCCAGAGUUCGAGGAGCUGACGACCGAGUAUGGGCAGCUGUUGGCGAGCAUGCGGCAGACUUUCAAUUCGGGCAGAUCGAGGAAGUGAUCAGCAACACCAUCGCUGAAGACAUGGGUGGCACGAAGAUGCGAGGGAUGCCUGAGAUCGCAGCAGCACCAGGCGUUGAUCAUGCGCUGGCCAACAUCGACUCCUGGAGCAGAGCCCUGGCCCAGCACCUGCGACCUACGAGAGAGCGCUGGGUGGAAGGCUGGGUCCACAGGUUGUGCGUCCGCCCGGAGCCAAAGGGAGUCGUACUGAUCAUUGCUCCAUGGAACGUGCCGUGGCAGCUGCUUAUCCGACCCCUGGCAUCCGCCAUUGCCGCUGGCAAUUUGGCCGUCGCAUGCAUCAAUCAAGCAUGGCAGGUGAUCGAGGGUGCGGUGACGGAGACCACAGCGCUUCUGAACAACCGAUGGGACCACAUCUUCUACACAGACGUGGUGCCACAUGGCCAUGGACCGUGUCUCCGAAUCUCCCUGAAAAGAAACGGGGCAAUCGGGCGUGUUGUCAUGGCUGCAGCCGCCAAGCACUUGACACCAGUGACCAUGGAGCUGGGCGGCAAGUCUCCAGCAUCUGGCCAUAGUCCGGCAUGCGUACUUGUUGACGAGACGGCAAAGGACUACGUGCUCGUGCACAGGAGUAAGGAGGAGGAGUUCAUACAGAAAAUGACAGAACUCGCCAAGGCCAGCUAUGGAGAAGACGGCAGGCAGCAAGAAGAUUACGGGCACCUCGUGAACGAGCGCCACACUGAGCGAGUGGAAAAGCUGAUCAAGACUUGCGGCGGUGAGGUCGUUCAUGGAGGAAUUGAGGGCGUCCGGAAGAGCGAGUGCUUCGUACCUCCCACCAUCAUCAAGCAGCCGAACAUGGAUGCUCCAAUCAUGAAGGAGGAGAUCUUCGGCCCGGUCCUGCCCGUCAUUCCCUAUGACAACUUCGAGGAGGCGCUGGAAAUCGUCAGGAAGGGGGAGAUCCCCUUGGCUUUUUAUGUCUUCUCGGAGAGCUCCCGCAACGUGGAGAAGGCUUUGACCACUGUUCAGAGUGGGGGCGCCGGAGUGAACACCACCUUCGAGCAAGUUGUUCCGGAGUCUAUCCCAUUCGGUAGCUUGGGUGAGUCGGGAUUUGGAAUGUACCAUGGCAAAUUUGGCUUCGACGAGUUCAGCCACCAGCGUGCCAUUGUGCGGAAGCCCGCCGGGCAGAAGCUCCCUGACUUCGUUUACCCUCUCGUUGCAGAGGGCUCGGCUGGUGCGUGUUUGUGCUGCGAGUGGAGGGGGAGCGGCAUUUUCCAGGACCUUGGCGCGACCUGCGGCGAGUUCCACCAACGUGUAGAGCACUCGGUUGACUUGUGGAAGGCGCUUUGCCAGUUUCUUCUCGGAGAGACGUCGUUGCUACUUCAUGAGGGAAGCUGGGCAUCUUCCAGGGAUGUGACCUCUAUAGGUGACAAGGCUCGCUUCUACAAGCGACUUUUCCGUGCAGCCUGGAGAUGCGAGGAUUUCUGCUACGACCACACCCUGCGUCGAAGCUUGUUGCGCUCUCUGGCCGAGCCAGACAAUGUCCCAGCUGCCCCCGAUGGUAAGGACUUGCUGGGCUUGUCCGGCCACACCGCAGAAAUGAUGGGCCCGCUGGUGAUACAGAUCGGCGGCAUGAAAAACAUGGUCUCUCCAGAUGAGCUGAUCAAUGUGACUGUUAUCAAUCUCCACCGCAACACGAUCAGCCGUCCAAGCCUCAAGGAGGACUCCUUGAAGCCCCUGCAGCGCAUGCGCCACGCCACCUGCGUGGUCAAGACGAAGCACUUGCCGGCUUCAGCAUACCCUAGCGCCGUGCUGGUCCUCGGGGGCCACGAUGCCAACACCAGAGCAGCCAGGCUGGGAAUGCCUCGACCGGCCUUGCAGAGACUUGUCUUCCUCCAGGUGACGGAGGAAGAUGGCUCGCAGAUUCGCUGGUGUGAGAUGCAAGCUUUCGGGACCAUCCCCGAGUACAUGUACAACUUGACCUGCUCGUCCUUCAACGGAGGGCAGAAGGUAGUGGUGUUUGGAGGCGACAUUCCCACAACGGAGGACGAAUACGAGCGAAUCCAGGACAGAACAUGCUGCAAUUUCGUGUAUGUCUUGGAUCUCAGGAGUUGCACCUGGGAG